AUGAGCGACGCUCGUCCGCCGCUGCUAUCGGCACCAGAUGCUGCCAUCAUGGAGCAUGUCCCUACCCUCUCACAAUCAGCCUUGGCAGCUACUUCGAGCUCCCGGAGCAGUGUGCCCUUCGAAGAGCUCUACGACAUCUCACGCACAGCCGAACGUGUGCUCGCCGUCGAGCCACUACCACGCAGCGUUGUGUUGCAGUUCCCUGACGAAGCUUUGCAAGAUUCUGUGCCCAUCUUCUGGGCUUUGCAGCGACGGAUCUCGGCCCUCGCAUCUAAGAAGCAGCUGGAUUGGCAGGGUAGGCUGUACGUGGCUGCAGAUACGAGCUACGGCAAUUGCUGCGUUGACGAAGUGACCGCUCAGCAUGUCGAUGCCGACUUGGUCGUCCACUAUGGACACGCAUGUCUCAGUCCUACGAGGCGUCUACCAGUCAUCUACGUCUUUCCCAAACUGCCAAUAGAGGUGCAACUCGCUGCUUCUGCGCUGGUGGCAGAAGUGCAACCUCUCGUUGGCACCUCUGACCAAUCACGCUGCAAGCAGGCGGUCUUGCUGCUGUACGACGUGAGCUACGCUCACGCUGCUGCGGAGGUCAACGAGCAGAUCGGAGCGCAGCUUUCUGCUCAAGGCAUCAAUCUUUCCACCGUCCUCACGCACCUCGAGACCGAAGGCAACAUCGCAGAGUCUGCUUCUGCAGUCACGCGACACUGCGAUUCCUCGCAGUCUGCUUCAUCGGAAAUGGCUUGCAAAGACGAGAACGGUGGUAAUGGUGCGUGCUGCAACACUGCUCGCUGCGGGACCAGCGCGACAUGUCAACCUUCGCGAACGUCGAGUCAGCGCUCCAUCAACCAAUCCUCGGACGAGAGCUCAAUGAGAGAUGUUCAGCACAUGACUGGCAUCGAGAACGGUCUGGGGUCUGGCAGGCGCUUCAGUCUUCCAGACGGCGUCUCGCUCGAGGACACUGUGGUCUGCUAUCUUGGAGGCGAAUCUCUCGCACUGACCAACUUGCUACUCAGGCUCAGUUCCAGCGUCGCAGUCGUAUCUUACGAUCCUAGAAGGCCGUCUGGCAAGGAUGCGCGCCAGGAGACAGGCUCUACAAACAAGCUAUUGAUGAAGCGAUAUGUGGCGGUGCAGCGUACAAGAGAUGCAAAGGUCGUAGCGCUCCUGGUGGGGACCCUUGGCGUGGCAGCGUAUCUGCCACUCUUGUCUCACCUCCGCAAACGCUUACAAGAGACGGGCAGACGCGUCUACACUAUCAGCGUGGGCAAGCUGACACCCGCAAAGCUGGCCAAUUUCCAAGAGAUCGACGUCUUCGUGCUGCUUGCGUGUCCGGAAAACAGCUUGGUGGAUGCGGUGGAUGCGCUGCCAAAUGCGACGGACAAGACGGGCAGAACGCAUAGCAGUCGAGACUUUUACAAGCCCAUCGUCAGUCCCUUUGAGCUGCUGCACGCCCUCAAGGAGGAGGCUGAAGGGACGCAUAGCUGGAGCGGCAAGUACGAACUCGAAUUGUCCACGCUUUUGCGGGAUUCCAAGCUCGAUUCGCGAACGGCCGAGUCGUCGGAGAAGGCGAAUGAAAGGAAUGGGGCAGGCUCAGAUGAGGAACCCCACUACUCCCUCAUCACGGGCGGCUACGUCUCUCGAGCGCAGAAGCCCGCGCGAGAGCAUUUCGGCUCUAGCGCAACAUCGCAAGCACUCUCCAAAGAGGCAAAGCCUGCUGCCGGAGAAGUGGUUGUGCGAAAUUCUGAUGGGACAUUGACGCGGGUACUGGACAGUUCCGCGGGUAGACACUUGGCUAAUCGAACCUGGCGGGGACUACAAGGCAGACCGGCUGGAGCAGCUCCUAGCGUGCUUGCUGUGGGUCGUGCGGGCACGGCUGGCGGCUAUGCUGAUACUUCUGGCUUGGCUGAAGGAAGGGAAGGUGUAGGAGCUGGAUCGAGGAUAGUAGCUAGCUCCAAGACUGCCGAGCCUGCGUCACCUGUGCACACAGCGAUCGAGUGCUCGAGCAAGCCGACCUCUGAGCUCUCCACUGGCAAUGCGGAAGGCGAGAUUGAUACCUCGGACGACGAAGAAUUUGAUCUUGAACCAUUGUAG